CCAUUUAAACGUUCAAUUCGAAAGUGAAGCGAAAUUCGCCUUUUCCUGUUUUUCUACUGACAUUUUAUUUGCAGAAGUUGAUUUGAUUUACUUAAAUGUUAAAAGGAAGGCAAAAUCAUACGUUCAUCUUCUUUGUUUGAAAAUAAUACACACAGUCGAGUCCCUUCUUAAAUCUCAGAGGAAUCUAAUGGACAAGUUCGUGUCAAGGAAGGCCUCAUUCAGCUCAGGCUGGCAGCUGCUCCACAGGAGAGGUGAUCUGUUCACCUGUCCGCCCACCGAUGCCUUGGCGCACUGCAUCAGUGAGGACUGCCGGAUGGGAGCCGGGAUCGCUGUACUCUUCAAGAAGAACUUUAAGGGAGUUGAAGAGCUCAAGGCACAGAAGAAGCAACCUGGGCAGUGUGCUGUUCUUGAACGAUCUGGUCGUUUUGUGUACUACCUGGUCACAAAGAAGUACUAUUACCAAAAGCCCACCAGUGAGAGUCUCAGAAAGAGCCUCAUGUCUAUGAAGGAACACUGCUUGGCCAACGGCGUCAACCGUAUAUCCAUGCCUCGUAUUGGCUGUGGUCUGGAUAAAAUGCGUUGGGAAAAUGUGUCUUCCAUCAUCACAGACGUCUUCCAGGACACUAAAAUCUCCAUCACAGUGUAUACAAUCUAGACCCCAGCAGGUCUGAAACUCAGGUUAUUUCUUUACUGUUCUUACAGAAUGGUCAGGGUGUUGCUUUUUGUUCCCAUGGAAUUUCACAACUUAAUACUUAUUGUGUGUAGGGUGUUCGUUCAACUUCUUCUGGGGAAAUACAAGCUCUUAAAAUGUUUGAAAGCAUAAAGACUGUUCCUGUUAUAUACGCUAAUAUUCUGCAACUGUUUUUGUCACCACUAGAGGGCGAUGUUGCAUUGGUAUAGUUCAAUCUUAGAGAUUAUUUGAUAAGUGACGCUUAUCAAGUGUAUGAAAAAUAGAAAUCCACUAGAUGAUCUAUAAAAAUAAUUGCACCAAUAUUUUGUUAUUCUCAUUUCCAGAUUAUUCUUUAGUGGUCCUCAAACCUGUUUCUGUAGCUUUUACUGAAUUUGAAACUAACUGAAUAUCUUUCUAUAGCAGAAAAAGUGAGAGUGCUAUUUGUGUAUGUGCUUCUGAACUCAGUAUGUGUCUCGUUUUGAAGGCUGCACCCUCUGAAGGUCGCAUUAGUCAACUGCAUGCGUCAGCCAGGCUCUCUUAUUUCAGAGAAGAAAGCACCCAUUAUAAAAUUGACUGUUAUUCCUCAUGAGGCAUAAUUACUGUCAUUUCUGUCUUUGGAAACAAAUGUGACCUCCUGAGGGUGUAGCCUUCAAAAUGAGACACCGCUAACAUCAUACAUAUCAUAGUGCUGUCUGCUCGGUGCUCAUGAUAGGAAACUGACUCAAGUGUAUUGUAUUAACAUACAGGAAUUUGCAUACAAGGAUAUAUUUUUUUUAAUCAUUUCUAAAAACACAUUCAAACAUGAUGCUUAGAGCAAUGCAAAUUACAUAAAUGUUUGGCUAAGGUUUUUAUGUUAAUCAGCAAAAUAUCAAUAGGAUACUCCAUAUACUUUAGAUGUAAAUACUAUAUGGGUGUGGUUUGAAUUUAUUAUUAUAAAAUUUAAUGUCAUACAAGACAAAUGCUGCUAAAAUUGCUGGAUCAUUGCAAUAAUUAGCUCUGAAGUACCAAUCUCCUUAAAGGCAGGGCCCAGGCUGUAUUAAAGCAGUCUUAAUCAGAGGCCAGCUAUUUACACUGUUAAGAUUGCUGGGUUCCACACAAUCCAUUUGUGUUGGGACAACAUGAAGGAAUUAUGUUAACUUAUUAGUUUUUACAAAUUUAAGUAGAUUGAACAUAAAAGUAUUAAGUAAAAAAGAACAUCAAGAAUUGUUGAUUUAGCUCAUUUUAACUAAGUAGUUUGAACAAACAGCCAUUUUUGAGUGUACCCUACUUUAAAAUAUCCUGCAAUCUCUCAUCAUAAUACUCAAAGUUAUCUUGACAGUCUUCCCAGGGUGUAAAAUUAUCUUCUUCAUUCUCAACGAAAGUAGACCAGACAUACACGAAAUCCACAGGCCUCAUCAUGCGUAGUUUACACCCUGCCCUAACUAGCGCCUGAAGUCCGGCCUGUAUCUCCGGUUCCUCCCAUUCAAAGAGACGGGAGCAGUGGAUGUUAAGGCGCAGCGCCUUGCGUGCUUUCAAGAUCUCCACAAGCUUAGCAGCGCAGGCCACACAAGGGCUGGAGGAUGUGUACCAGGUCACUGUAUAGUGGAGGGACUUGUCGUAAUAGGCCAGCACCUGUUGAAAGAAGGCCUCUUCGGCAUGUGAGCCUGAAUGCUCAUCCUCCAGGUAACCGCGAACGCCAUCAGUCUCUGCUGCGCCACCUUGUAUGUCGACCUGGUAGCACAGGAAGGUCUUGUUGCGCCCGGACGAGUACUCCACAUUUUUAAAUUGGAACUUGAAGAAGGUUGGGUUCAUUCGGUCUCUGUGGAGAAAAAAGGAAUAUUACAUAUGAGUACAAGAAAAUCACAUGGUGUUUUUGGUGCAUUUGGGCUGCCAUUGGUUGCAUUCAUAUUAAGUUAAAUGUUUGGUAUACAGCUGGAUUUGCAGAAUUUCAUACACUUAUACCAAUAAAAUGUAUAAACAAA